CUGUGAAGCAGGAGCGCGAGACCGCCGCCCGGCCGGGUUAGUGUCCGGCCUACCUGUACCCAGCAGCGUCCGGAAGCCUCGCGGCUUGACUAAAAUGUCAAAAAGAAAAUGGCUCUGUUAGCCCAACAGUUAUCCAGACGGUUCAACUCAGUUAAGUUGAAUAGCUUCAUUAAAGCCAAACAAGUCACAAAACACUCUGCAAGACCAGGAAAAGCCGUGUUGCCCAGCUUCUCAGCUCAGGCUCUGCUCUCCUCUGACACUUGCUUUCUCCAGCGGGGAAUUAAGACUUACAGGACUCUGUUCUGGAAUAGUUUCCAUUCUGCCAGCACAAGUAGGAAAAAGAGUUCUGCCGAAAGCACUCUGCUUCCUUCAGUGACUGAACAGCAAGAGAAAAUACUUAGCCCUGAAUCAGAGCUGCCUCUUGAAGAACUGGAUGACCUGCCUCCAUUGUCUCCAUUACAGUCAGUUUCAGAGGAGGAGGCUAUUCAGAUUGCUGCAUACUCUCCGCUGCCCAUCUCCUCCUUCACACUUGCAGAUUACGUAGACCAUUCCAAGACUCUGCAGAAGCUAGUGCAGCUUGGAGUGGAUUUGUCUAAGAUAGAAAAACAUCCAGAUGCAGCCAACCUCCUUCUAAGGCUGGAUUUUGAAAAACACAUUAAGGAAAUACUGCUAUUUCUUAAAGAUUUGGGUUUAGAAGAUAACCAGCUGGGACCAUUUCUGACAAAAAAUUAUGCUAUUUUCUCUGAAGACCUUGAAAAUCUUAAGACCAGAGUAGCUUAUCUACAGUCAAAAAAUUUCAGUAAGACAGACAUUGCACGGAUGGUCAAAAAUGCACCAUUUCUGUUGAGCUUCUCCGUGGAAAGACUAGAUAACAGACUGGGAUUUUUUCAGAAAGAACUUGAACUGAAUGUGAAGAAGACUAGAGAUCUGGUUGUUCGUCUUCCAAGGCUACUAACAGGAAGUCUGGAGCCUGUGAAGGAAAACAUGAAGGUGUAUCAUCUUGAACUUGGUUUUAAACAUAAUGAAAUUCAACAUAUGGUCAUCAAGAUCCCUAAGAUGCUAACUGCAAACAAAAGAAAACUUACAGAGACUUUUGAUUAUGUACACAAUGUGAUGAAUAUUCCCCACCACAUCAUCGUCAAGUUUCCACAGUUAUCACAUUGUAUCGACUUUGGUCACUGGGAAAGAGGCCUAGAAGUAUUUGCCCUAUGGAGUGCCUCGUGGUUUCUGAAAUACAGCCAAGAGAAGGGCUUUGGUCCACCUCUUCAGCAGCCCCAGAUCCCCAAGCUGCAGCCAUCAUUCCAGUGUGGGGGCCUUCUCCUCUUGUCCCUUCAUCUAUACAAUAGCAGGUUCCAGGCAUGUAGCCAGCUCAUGAUUCCUUGUCAAAUGUCUGUGCUCUCCUUAGUCCUUAGGGAUUUUAACAUUAAAAGGCAUAAAAGGGAUCAGCCUCAUUUUUGAUUUUUAGUGGGCAGGUACCACAAUUUAAAAAUCAAAAGAGACACUUUAAUACUUCACAGAUGAUGAAAUCCUUUUUGCUAACACAUCUUAAUCAUUAAUGUUGGUUCUCAAACCUGACAGAUAAUCUAAACUCUAAAUAGCUUGUUAAAAGAAAUUUCUGGGUCUCAUUCUCAAGUUACAUAUGAGGUGGCUUUGGGGCAACUCCUGAGGCUUUACCUUCUAACACUUGCCUGUGUCUCAGGAGUCAUGUUGGCUGCCCUCCAUGAAGACCUUCUUUCAUUAACAUUCUGUGUUAGUUUUUAGUCCCUUUUAAAUAAGAAUUUACCUUCUUCCUUUAUUUUUUAAAAGAUGGGCUCUUGCCCUAUAGCCCAGAAUUUCUAUCCAACAGCUCAGGUUGUUUGGAACUCAGUAUGUAGCCCAGGCUGGCUCUAAACUUAAUACUCCUUCUUCAUGUUACCAAGUUCUGUGAUUACAGGUGGGCACCACCAUGUCUAACUCAUCAUUUGUUAUUUAGUAAUACUUACAAGUGUGCUGGGACUCAAACGUACAGUGUCACUAACUUAUUAAACUAACGUAUUAAAAUAGUUAACCAAGUCAGUUUGUUAGUAUUUCAGCUUUUUAUUGUAAAUUUCUUUCUUUUCCAGUUAUUUAACACAAGAGUGUUUAAAAUUAAAGAAAGACACUUGUUUCUUGCCUACUUGGGAAAAGCACAGUAUGACCCAGCAAAACCUAACUA